CCCUGGCAGGAAAUUUCGCCUGCCGCAUUGUCUUCGGGUUCCGGCAGAAGCAGCAAUGGUUUGCAGUUUUGGAGGACUGCUACUGUGGGAUUGAAUUGCCGCCCGCGGGCAGUGCUGUGGGGUUUUUAGUUUUGGGCAAGCGCCUCCAGCUUCCUUUGGCCUUGCAGCGUUUGGCUGUUGCUUUUGCCGUUUUUGAUUGUGGCACCGUGUCGCUGCGAGAGAUGGCCCGACAGGCAAAGCCACCCCAGGAGCCAUUGGGCUUGCUAACCUUGCUGUUCAUUUUUGGCCACGGUUCUCAAUCUGUUUGGUCCAAGCUGGCACCUGCUGCCACCAUAUGCGUUGCUGAGUCCGGUCGUUUCAUGGUUGCAAUGAAGUCAACCGAGCUGCAAGCCUUAAGUCAGCGCAUCUACUUAGCUGAAAAAAGGCUGAAGAGAAGCCUGGCCAGCCACAAGCGUUUGUGCGAGAAGCAUUCCUGGGAAACAUUGUUGGUUCUGAUUUGGGGAGGUCAUGACAUGGAAGCAGCUGUGCAAUUUCUGCGUGCGAAACAUACCGAACCCAUACCGUUUGACGUUGAAGAAGCAGAGACAGAAAUCCUGCGCAUGUACGCAGAGUGCCGUGCAACUGCCUUAGUUCGCUUAGUCAUAGACCCUCCUGCCCGCGAUGCUGCAAAAGUAGCGGACUUUUUGGUGCAGUACCGCUUGUGGUUGUGGACGCGCUGCCAGAACUGCAGAGGUGUAGCCCCAGGACGUUUGCAUUUGAUGCGGCAAGCAACCAAAGAGAUUCCUGUUGGCAUUCCCGCGGCAGCUGCGCAAGUGCUUUUGCGCCGCUUCCAAGGUGCGCCUCGGCUACAGAGACAUUGGUGUCGCAAGUUCCGCUUGCGUUGGAAAGCGCGGCUUGGCCGAUUGCCACUUCAUCCCGCCAUACCAGAAGCUGAGCUUCGAGAGAAGGCGAUGGGUUUCUAUCGCUGGAUGAAUCACGUUGUCUUCACUGCGAAUGAGCCGCUGGUGAUCAACAUGGAUGAAUGCUCGCUGAAGCUCACUUUGACUGGACUUUCUGGGACCAUAGCCGACGUCCAUGCUGGUCAGAAGGCAACACUAGCUGCAUGCAGAGGGGCCAUGACGCUCAUGUCAUGUGUGUCGUCUGAUACAAGUCUCAACCAACGCCUGCCACAGAUAGUCCUUGGAAACCAGCACCAUCUGUCCAAGCGCGUCUUGGCUGCCAUUGCCGCAGAUGCAAAGCUGACAGGAAGCAACUUGCAGAUUUGGUGUGAGCAGUCGUCUUGGGUGACUGUGGACGUUAUGCUGAAGUUUCUGCAUUCUUUGAGCGUAGCCGUGGACGCCCUGAAGUGCCCACAUCGCACCAUUGUGCUCGUGAUGGAUAUGGCGCCGCCGCAUCUAGCAGCCCCGGUUGCUCGUGCUAUUCGAGACAGAGGCUGGCGUGCUGUGCUUGUACCGGCAAAAUGCACGCCGUUCCUGCAGCCGCUUGACACUUGUGUUUUAGCUGUGUUGAGGAAAACCAUGGCUGAAUGUUGGGUGACAGCUAAAGGGGAGCUCCUGAAUGGAAACAUGACCACGUUGGAGUGGUUGCGUGUGACGGAGGAGUCAGUGCGGAGACGGAGGAGUCAGUGCGGAGAACAAUCUCUGACAGAGAUUGGUCCCACGCUUUUUUGCAAACAGGUUCUGCGUGAAGAGCUCGAUACCUUGAAAGCCAAGCGACAAGAGCUGCGCAAAGAAAUCAGUGCCACUUGGCGAGUUGGGGGCGUGGCAUCAGAUACUUUUUGGCAACUGUGA